AUGUUACAACUCUCAACCGCCCUUGGAACAAAAUCAUCAAAACUAAUAGGUUUUUCUACCCAUCUCGUCCACCGAGAUUCAUUUGAAUCGCCAUUGUACGAUUCAUCGAUCAACCAAAGUGAGCUCGUAGAAAGAGUCAUCCUUCGCUCUAGUUCCCGAUUAUCCUAUCUUAAGUCUCUUUUACAACUCCCAAACAAUGACACGGAGGAAAUUUCUUCCAUAGACUCAAGAAUUGAGGGAAUCAGUGGGGAUUAUCUCAUGGAGAUUUCAAUCGGCACACCACCCGUCAUGCAAUGGGCAGUUCUUGACAUCGCCAGCGACAUCGUGUGGACUCAAUGCCUCAAAUGUGUCCAAUGUUACAAACAAACUCAACCCAAAUUUAAUCCGAUGAAAUCAUCUUCCUAUCAACCAAUUCGAUGUGAUGCAAAGAAAUGCAAACAAUUGGGCGAAUUUAUUAAUUGUAUCGAUCCAUCUAGCAAUUGUAAAUAUCAAUUAGUAUACGGAGAUGAGUCAUACAGCUUCGGGGAACUGGCCACGGAAACUUUUAAAUUGGGAAACACUUACCUCCCAGAAAUGGUUUAUGGGUGCUCAAAUAACAACGAUGGCUUGUUCAAAAAAACCAAUGCUGGCAUUGUCGGUCUUGGGAAUGGGCCAAACUCAUUAAUUAGUCGGCUCCACCGUAGCAUCCCGCGUAAAUUCUCGUACUGCCUAACCGAUGCUUCUAAGGGAAAUGCAAAAAGCAAGAUAGAUAUCGGAGCUAACGCAAUCGUGUCUAGCCGCGAUUCGAUCUCUACACCGUUGGUCUUAAUGAAGCCUCCAGACUUCUAUUACAUCACAUUGAAAGCAAUCAGCAUUCAAAAUAUGAGAUUACCCAUCACUGGAGUAACUAAAAUAUCAUUGAAAGGUAACAAGUUUGGUGCUCCUAAAGGUAAUGCCUUUAUAGACACAGGCACAACACUAACUUAUUUGCAUGAUGAUAUCUACUAUGAAUUGGAAGAAGAACUAAUAAGCAUGAUUCAAGAUAGUCCAAUUCCUUCACAAAGUAGUCUAAAACUUUGCUACAAGAACAGCAAGAACUUUCAAUUUCCGACAAUCAUUUUCCAUUUUUCUAGAGGCGCUAACUUGACUUUGCAGAUGAAAAAUACUAUCGUUCCAUAUAGAGGCCAAUUGUGUCUAGCGAUACUCCCAAUUGAUGAAAAUCUAGUUAUAUUGGGGAACAUAUUACAAAUGAACCACAUGAUUGGAUUUGAUCUUGAAAGACGAAAAGUUUCUUUUCUGCCAAAUUAUUGCUAA